AUUCACAUUACUAAUUGAUAAGUUGAAGUAUAUAAGCUUGGUGCAGUGCUGCAGUGGACAUUGUGUGAACAGCUCCGAUACAAUACCAACUAUGAAGACCAUGAUCGUUGUCGCAGUCCUGGCCUUCCUGGCGGUCGCCAGCGCCAAGCCUUUCCUCGGCGAGUUAGGAGCCGGUCUCGGAGAAGUAGGAGCUGGUAUUGGAGCCGGCCUUGGCAACAUCGGAGCUGGGUUUGGUGCUGGACUUGAAGGUAUCGGAGCUGGUCUUGGCCUCGGUGGGCAUGGUGGCGGUGUCGGAGGCGUGGGUGGGAUUGGCGGCCUCGGCGGUCGGGGUGGCCUGGGGCUUGGAGGCCUACUAUAAAAACCUCAUCAAGAAAUAACGGUCUUACAA